AUGACUACCCGAAUGAACAUAGUCAAUAUGAAAGAUAUACGAGCUUCCCCAAAGGAGAGAAAACUGUCAGAAGCUGAAUCUCCUAAAUCAAGGUCAAGAACUGAAUCGGGGCAGUUUCUAUUUCAAGAAGUGCAUAGCGAAGUAACAAUAGCAGCGGAUGAGAAAGACAACGAGGUGUCUGGUAGUUCCAGUGAAGAAUCCGAUGAAGAGGAUGACGAAGACGACGAGGAUCUUGAGUACGAGUCUCAAAGGAUAGCAACUGGUGGAAAGUGGAAGCCGGAAGGUCACGAAUGGAUGAACCAACCUACCUGGAACUCAGCUCCUCCUGUGGGCUUCACAGGGGGGAAGUGGAAGCCUUCGCCCCCGUCAACAUCAACAUCGACAUCAUCAGUUGUGACUCCUAGCGUGAAUCUUACUUCGACGUUGAUCUCGCAGCAUGAAGAGACUCAGGUCGUCGAUGAAUCCAAGUGCCAAGGUCCUCCCCCGGGCCAUACCCGAGGUAAGUGGCUGCCCACCCUAGACUCUGCAGACAGGAGGUACUGGUGUGGACCUUGCAAUAGAAGACUUUCGUCUCUAGCACUCUACGACAAGCAUUGUCUAUCUGACCUUCACCGCCGCCGCACCCGUCAAGAGAACAUGCUCGAAGAGGACCUGUACAUGGACCAUCCGAGGCCUGAAGGAAAGCGGGAGGUGAAGAGGUCGAGGUUUCUCGACCCUGACCAAGGAUGGACAGAGGGGCCCAGAAGCAAGAGAUCAGUUCAGAUGCAGAGUCCGGAUGGCGUCCCUAACAAAGGGCGCGGAGGAGCCCUGCAAUGUGCUCUUUGUCGAUGCCAAGUGUUGCCUCAGCUCAUGAGUAAACACCUCGUGUCCUUCUACCACAGUAACAGAGUUCGCAGCGCCCCUGAAAUAGCCGGCCGUCUCGCCAUGGACCACAUGGGAGACAUCGUACGCCAGGCGCCCUUCCAGUGCGGCCCUUGCAGCUUCUACUGCAACACCAUGCAGACAUUCCUCUGGCACUGGGGCAGUAAGACUCAUCAACUGAAGGACACUCAGAUCGAAGGCUACUACUGCUGCCCGAUUUGCAGAGUGGAAGUCGUCAGCAGCGCACAGAUGUAUCAGCAUUUGCUGAGCUCCAGACACAAAGAAAGCGUCGCCAUAAUCAACGGCUCAGUUCCCAUCGUAAUGCAGAAAAAGAGGAUCAUAGAAGUAAAUAUUUUUGCUUAUUAA